AUGCAGCUGCAAACCUGGCUGGACUGGACCCCUGACAUAAAGAGAGUUGUGACGCACAAUGUCCGGAAGGAAGACACGGAGAGCAUUGCAAAAACGUUUGCAAAUGCCAAAACGGAGGGAAAUGCGACCCAGUCACUGGAGGCUGUGAAUGUCAGCCAGGAUGGACCAAAAACAAGUUUCAUAGAUAGCGUCUCGGUAUACAAUAUAGAAUAUGCGAAAAAGAAGGAUAUGGAUGAUAUUGACUUUGCAGUUGAUCAUGGGAAGAAAGUGUAUGCAUUUACAUCAGUUGUGCAAUUCUACAUUUUGGAGUGUACGUGCAAGGACCUGUGUCCUCUGGGCAAUUGGGGUGUGAACUGCACGGGUUCGUGUCAUUGCGUAAACGACGCCAUUUGUGACCCGGUGGAUGGCAAAUGUCAUUGCAAGGAAGGCUGGGCUGGUACUUUUUGCGACCGCAGGGCUUGCAAACCGAACAUGUAUGGUCCGGGCUGCAGUCAAAUUUGCGCCUGUGAAGAACCCAACACUGAAACGUGUCAUCCUGGAACUGGGGAUUGCAAUUGUAAAGCUGGUUGGGACGGAGACACGUGCUCCAGACCUUGUCCCACUUACUGGUAUGGCGAAAAGUGCAAAAACUUGUGCAAGUGCAAAAAUGACGCCUACUGCAAUCCCGUGAAUGGAACGUGCAUCUGUCUUCCGGGUUACAAGGGCGCGCUUUGCGAAGAGCGUUGCCAGCCCGGCAGGUACGGACAGGAUUGCACUGCGAUUUGCGCUUGCCGUAACGGAGCGGAAUGCGAACCCAGUUCUGGCGAAUGUCGGUGCACUGCGGGUUGGAAUGGGUUGACCUGCGAAACCCCGUGUCCAGGUGGUACCUAUGGCGAAAAGUGUUCCGAGGUUUGCAGGUGCUACAACGGAGGCAGCUGUCAUGCUGUCACUGGGGCGUGUACUUGCAGUGCUGGCUGGAAGGGACCGACGUGUGAAGAAAGCUGUGAACCCAACUUCUUCGGGUACAAUUGCACGGACCAGUGUGACUGCGUUUCUGCGAACGCGAAAGGGUGUGAUCCCAUUACCGGAAACUGUUACUGCAAGCCUGGUUUCAGUGGUGUUCGUUGUGGUUCGGAAUGCGAGAGAGGAUAUUUCGGCCCUAAAUGUGAGCAGAAGUGUGAUUGUGCCGAAGCGAGCAGCUGUGAUCCGGUGAGCGGGAAAUGCGUUUGUGACCGAGGUUGGACCGGGAAUCGUUGCGAUCAGCCAUGUCCUGAUGGGUUCUAUGGGCAUCAGUGCUCACAGCGUUGUCCUUCUUGUGCGCAUGGUCUUGACAAGUGCGACCAUGUCACGGGAGUUUGCGCCUGCGCCGCGGGUUACACUGGCGUCAAGUGCGAAGAGCCAUGCCCGAAGAACAAAUACGGACUCAAUUGCACCGGGGUUUGUUCGUGCGACAACAAGGGCGAGUGCAAUCACAUCACCGGGGAAUGCAUGUGUCCGCCGGGUUGGGUGGGUGCCGAUUGUUCCGUGCCCUGUGAGGCUGGCUUCUUCGGACGGAAUUGUGCUCACAGGUGCGCGUGUUUGUUUGGAGGACAGUGCAGACCCAAUGAUGGGGUUUGCAAGUGCACCAAGGGUCGCAUGGGUCCACGUUGCGAAGAAGUCUGUCCCGAAGGAUUGUAUGGAGAUCACUGCAUGGAAACCUGCAACUGUAGCGGACCGAAUUUCCUGUGUCAUCCGAUCGAGGGAUGCACUUGUAAAAUUGGUUUCACAGGUGCCAACUGCGAUGUCCCGACUUUUGCUGAAAGCACAAUGAAACGAGAAGAAGUCACGUCUACCAGCGUGCCUAGUGUGAUCGUUGGGCUGUUGGUGGUGAUUCUGGCUGCAGCUUUGGCAGCACUGUGCUACUAUAAACGCAGGGUCAUUCGACUCAAGGCCAUGAAUCACCCUGAACUUGCUGUGCGGUAUCACAUGGACUAUGCGACCUCUGAUGGGCGACUGUUCAAUAACCCUGUGUACGGCAACGGCGUCGUCCGCGUUCGUCCCCCAGAGAUUGUCAACUCCUUGAGCCUCGAACUAACGGAUUUGGUGGAUUCGGCGGCUGAUGGCUGCGGCGAAGGCGGCGCUGCGGGAUACGCUUGGCCGCCACCCGGUGGCGUGGACGGGUUCCUGACCUUGAGCAAUGCGAAGUCUCGUGAGGCGGACGAGACGAAUCCCAACCUCAACAUUUACAAUUCUUUGGAGGAUCUCAAUAAGGGCAAGGAUCACCAGUAUGAAGUUGUCAAGAUACCGACGGAUGAUGCUGAGAGGGCGCUUGCGAAAAAAUUGAAAUCCGUGUUGCCAGAGCCGUACGACCUGAAAUCCGUGUUGCCAGAGCCGUACGAUCGUCUGGACCACAUGCGACCCGUGCGCAGUUCCGGUCGGAGCCAGCAGAACAUCCCGGCAUCUCACACGUACCAACGCAUGAGCAAGGAGUCCAACAACACCGACUCGCUCCGUUCCUCCUCGGCGUCCACUGCGCGACUCGUGGUGUCGCCGACAAGUGGCACCGAUGACGACGACGACGCCGCCCGUCUCCGCCUCAGCACCGCCUCGGGUUCUUCGGAAUCCUCCGUCGAGGCCAAUAAGGAGUUCAACGACCCCAUCUCGGAUUCGGAGAACAACGUCGGUCACAGUUAGACUGGGGUUACCAACAUUUUGUUGUUGUUCGCGUUUGGCCCUUUUUCUCGCUCUGAAAGGAAAUUAAGAUUAAAUUAGAAAGGCUUAUAUAUUUGUUGGGAUUGGAAGAAACUGGUGUAAACGUCCCCAAGGUUUUUUCCGCGAGCUUUCUCAACGAUGGCAAAACUUUACAAUUUUCCAGUGAGCUUAGGUUGGAGAUGACUUGAGGUGUGAAUUAAAAAGAGAGAAUUGAGCUCAAAUGGUUGCCCUGGUUUUUGAGUGGGCAAAUUUUUCGCGAUACACGAAUCUCCUGUUUCCCUUUUUAAAUGUUAUGAAAUUAUACCGGUAUUUUAUUACGUAUUUUGCAAAUCUUGUUCCCUGCAAGAACAGAUUUCAAGUUCUACCGAACACGGCGUACA